AGAAAAGCAUCGAGCAUUUCUUCUCGUAAUGGAUUUUUCCUUUCGCGAUUUCCUGACUUUUUAGCGUAAUAAAAACUUUGAUAAAAACUGAAUCAGAGAAUUGAUAAAAUAAAGUGAAUUGAGAAAUAAAAAAAAGAAAGUAACGAGCAUAAAUUAAAAAUAUAAAUCUCUCGAAAAUACUUUCAUCUCUUAACGUGCAAAAGUAGGAAUUUUAAGAAAAUUAUCCAAAAAUAAAAGAGCACAUUGCCUCUUUAGACUCAGCACGCAAUCAGCUGAUUAAUUUUUUGAGAAGCAACUAUGAUUAAUAGAGAUGAAGAUAAUACAAUAUAUAAGCAGCGUCCACGAGUAACAUUACAAAUUCCUUCAAGGGCGUAUGAGUUGGAUCCACAUCAACCAUCACCUUUUAUACCUUUAACAGGCGUAUCAAGUAUACCAAAUGUAGAAGGAAAUCCUUUUCUUCAAGCUCUCUAUGCACAGAGAGCUGGUGACUUUAUGUCUAAACAGUUUGAAGGCCUCAAUCGUUUUAGGAAAUCGGGAUUAAGUGUUGGCGAGAAGAGUGUCGUUUGGCUCUAUACCAAGUUUGGAAAAUUUAGUAAGAAAUGGUUUACUCACAUAUUCUUGUUCCUUGUCGUCACAUUAUACAGCGUUGCCGGAGCUUUCUUAUUCAUGGCGAUUGAAGGACCUCCAGAAACACAAUUCUUUGAAGAUGUAAGAAAAGGAAGAAUGAAACUCAGCUCAACAGCCAGAAAUUUGUCAUCUAAUGUUGAAUUACUACAGGAUGAUUUAAGAUGGGAAGGAGAAUUUACAAGAGAAUUAUAUGAAUAUGAGUUGAUACUUUAUAAAGCAUUUGAAAAAGGACAGUAUGAUAAUGCUGAAUUGAAAAAGACGUGGACAUUUUUCAAUGCGAUUUUUUACUGUGGCACAAUUUAUACAACAAUUGGUGAGUAA